CCAACAUAACCUCACACCAUUUUUUCUAACUUGUAACCAAAAGACAAUACUCCACAUGAAUACUUCAAAGCUACUGUUGAGUGCUACAACAGCACUUACACUUAUUUCAGUAAUUUUAGCCUUCAACUCCGAAAAUAUGUUGGAACCUUCUCCAAUACCAAGCUCCGAAAAUCUCCUCCCAAAAGCAGAGAUAAUCCAACUGAAAGGAGCAGUUGGACCAGAGAGCAUUGCUUUCGAUCCAAAUGGAGAAGGCCCCUAUACAGGAGUUGCCGAUGGCCGUAUUCUUAAGUGGCAAGAACAAGCUCAAACUUGGGCUGAUUUUGCAGUCACCUCUUCUGAAAGAAAUAAUUGUACUCAGCCAUCUGCUCCUGAAAUGGAACAUAUAUGUGGAAGGCCAUUGGGCAUAAGAUUUGAUAAGAAAACUGGUGACCUUUACAUUGCUGAUGCUUAUUUAGGACUUCAAGUUGUAGGACCAAAAGGAGGAUUAACUACCCCACUAGUCCAAAAAUUUGAAGGCAAGCCAUUGAUUUUCACAAACGACAUGGAUAUUGAUAAUCAGAAUAAUGUAAUUUACUUCACGGAUUCAAGCACAAAAUACCAGCGCAGGCAAUAUUUUGCUGCAUUUGUAAGUGGAGAUACAACAGGCAGGCUUAUGAAAUAUGAUAAGUCGACCAAAAAAGUAACAGUUGUAUUAAGAGGCCUUGCUUUUGCAAAUGGUGUAGCAUUGAACAAAGACCGGUCCUUUGUGUUAGUGGCUGAAACUGCAAAUUGUAGAAUAAUAAGGUAUUGGAUUAAAGGUCCCUACGCGGGACGACACGACAUAUUUGCAGAUGUGCCAGGAUUCCCAGACAACAUUAGAAUAAAUUCGAGAGGAGAAUUUUGGGUUGCUUUGCAUGCAAAAACAUCUGCUACUGCAAUCAAGCUAAGCGCAAAUGGACGAAUGUUGGAAGUUUUGGAAGAUGAAGAUGGCAAGACAUUGAGGUAUAUUAGUGAAGUUGAGGAAAAACAUGGCAAGUUAUGGUUUGGUUCUGUUAUGAUGCCAUUUCUAGGAGUUUAUGGACUAUCUUGAAGCUUAUAAGUGAUGUUGAGGAUAAAAUAUCCAUUCUUUUGGAUAAUUUUUUGUCUUUCUGGAAUGUUUGUUCAAUUUAUAAUUGUUUAAGAAUAUUUGAUCA